CACUACACUAUUUCAGCGUGUCCAUGCUACCUCGCCUUUCGACAGCUACAACACCUCUAGCCAGACGCUACAUCUCUGCGACUUUUGCACCCCCACUCCUCUCUUCGCCCAACAUGAACAUUACCACCGGCGCUACCGUCGACCAGAUCCUGCACAUCAACAACAUCCGCGACCAGCUCAUCCGCCUCGAGGACACGAUCAUCUUUUUGCUCAUUGAGCGCGCGCAGUUUGCGCUCAACAAGCGUAUCUACGAGGCCGGAGCGUUCAAGGACCAGAUCAAGUGGGACGGCUCAUGGCUCGAGUGGUUCCUGUUCGAGAUUGAGAGCUUCCAUGGUGCGUUGCGUGGGUUGGAGGGCCCCGACGAGCACCCGUUCACGCCCAUCGACAAGCUGCCCCAGCCCGUCAUCGACGUGCAGCACUACCCGCCGCUGCUGUACCAACCGGCCGCGAGCCACCCAGACGUAAACGUCAACGCGCGCAUCCUCGACUUCUACGUCAACCACAUCGUGCCCGGCAUCACGCUCCCCUCGCCCGGCUCGCCGCGCCAGCGCAGGCUGUCCAUCUCGGGCCGCGACGCCAGCCUCGACGACGGCAACUACGGCUCGGCGGCGACGCGCGACGUCGAGGUCCUGCAGGCGCUGAGCCGCCGUAUCCACUUUGGCAUGUUCGUCUCCGAGUCCAAGUUCCGCGAGGCUCCGCACGACUUUAUCCCGCACAUCCUGGCCGACCCGCCCAACAAGGCGGCGCUCGAGGCGCUCAUCACCAAGCCGGCUGUCGAGGCCAAGCUGCUCGUACGCCUCGCCAACAAGGCGCGCGUGUACGGCUGCGAGAUGGACGGCGACGGCAAGGUCAUCGAGAGCCCCGACGGCAUCGUCGGCAAGAUUGACAUCGAGCAGGUCGUCGGCCUCUACCGCGACUGGGUCAUCCCGCUCACCAAGGACGUCGAGGUCGACUACCUCGUCCACCGUCUCGAGGGCGUCCCCCAGGAGGACAUCGACGCAUGGCUUGCUGCUGGUGAGAGGCAAUGGAAGUGAGCUGCAUGGCGAUUAGAAUGCAUCGGCGUGGUGACUG